AUGUCCCGCGCCCGAGUACCCCCGUUUGUGCCGCCGACAAUCACCACUCUGCAAUACAUUCAUCAUCCGGGUGUCUCACCGGACGCGCAAGUAAUGCUUCAGAAACGAUCAUACGGCAAACAUGAUAGAGAAUGUUCUCUUUUACCUUUGGCUUUCCGUCCCUACACGAAUCGCCUCAGCGACGAGUUUUCAGAAGUGAGCUUUUUGAAGAAU